AUGGAACCGUUGAAGAAGAAAAGAACUGUGUUAAGAAUUGGUUUUACGAAGGCCCUGAAUUCAUUACAAGUGAUGUUGGACAAUGCAGAAUCUACAAUUGCAAGUUUGAGAGUCGCGUUUUGUACUUUGGAAGAUAAGUUAACCGAUUUAAAUUAUUGUCAAGAUUCUAUAAUUGAGGCCAUAUUAGAGACCGCUACCGAGACUGAGUUACAAAAGGAGUACGAUGAAGCAGAUGAGUACAAGCAUAGGUUUUUAACAGCCAAAUACUUGUUCACCGAACGUACCAUGGGUGAUAGUAAUUUAGUGCAAAAUUUGGUUGAUUGUGCGGUCCCGUCGGGUUCUUCUUCUAACGGUGAAAACAAGAGAUCUUAUAAGUUGCCGUCGAUAGAAAUUGUUAAGUUUAACGGAGACAUUCGUGAGUGGCUGUCUUUUUGGAGUUGUUUCAAGAAAAUCCAUGAGGACAAAAAUAUGUGCAAUGAAGACAAGUUCCAGUAUUUGAAACAAGCGGUUGUGCCGGACUCAAGAGCAGCGGAGUUAGUUAAAAGUUACCCACCAACUGGAAGCAAUUAUGAUAAAGUAAUAAGAAGUUUAAAGAGUAGGUUCGGUCAAGACGAACUUUUGAUUGAAGUUUACGUGCGUGAAUUGUUGCAACUUGUGCUGCAAAAUGCUAUUAAAGGACGUGGUAAUAUUUCACUUGCAAGCUUGUAUGAUAGAUUGGAAUCUCAUUUGAGGGCCCUGGAAACAUUAGGAGUUACCACGGACAAGUGCGCGGCGAUGUUGUACCCGUUAGUAGAAUCUUCCUUGCCGGAGGACUUAUUACGCGCGUGGCAACGCAGUGACGCUGGAAAACACAAUUCGGACGCGGAAGAUGGAAAACCGCGAUCCAAAGACAGACUCACCCGUCUUAUAGAAUUUAUCGAGAGGGAGGUACAAAGUGAGUUGCGAAUUUCGUUGGCGUUACAAGGUUUUAAUUUAGAUACUGGGCACGAAUCUGAUAUUAAGAAAUCUAAGCCGUAUAAAUUUAAUAGAAAUAUUCCGAGCGCGAUGGGUUUGUUAAUGACCAAAGGAAAAGACCACACCUGUAUAUUUUGCGACGCCAAAGAUCACGAGAGUGAGGGUUGCAAUAAAGCUAAAAGAAUGAGUUUAUCGGGUAAACAAGAGUGUGUGAAGAGAGCGCGUGCGUGUUUUAAGUGUCUUAAAAUCGGGCAUGGUUUCAAAACUUGUCGAGUCCGCGUAAAAUGUUCGCGAUGUGAACGAAGACACGUAAAUUUGAUGUGUCCAGAUGAGAAACCAAGAGAACAAAGGGAUGAAAUUGCGAGCGCAGAUACUUCCGCGCCAGUGCGGAAAGAGUUGAAUUGUAUCGCGAGCAUUUCCAAUAACAAAAUGGUGUUCCUGCAAACAUUAAAAGUAAAAAUUUACAGCGAUAAUAGAGAACUGAUUGCGCGCGUGUUGAUUGAUAGUGGAUCACAAAGAUCUUACGUGACGAAAGAUAUAAUCGAAAAAUUGGGUUACCAAUCGGUGGGUGAACAAAGAUUAAGUCAUAUGCUUUUCGGUGGCGGGCAGUCGGAAGUUGUCGCACACAAAGAAUAUCGCAUCAAUGCUGAAGAAGCAAACCACACCCUUCUUCUAUUGACCUUCUUCCUCGAUAUCUUUCAAGGCCAUUGUUCGGCUGCUACCAUCCCUUUUUAG